UGCUAUGGUAUAGUUAGGUCCACGUUAUAAUGACAGUAUUUGACAUUGAUAUAGAGUGUAGAAAUAUAAUAAAUUAAUGCAGAGAAUUGGCAUCGCUAUUCUCCUAUCUUUAUCCACUUACUUAAAGUAAGUAAGUGAGUAAAAAGUAGUAAAGUUUAUCCACUGCCAUUAUAACGUGGACCUCACUAUAGGUAACCGUACGUACAGUCCACGUGUCAUGUUGUGUCAUCUUGCUUGUGUGUAUGUGUUUUCAGAAAUCAGAAUAGCAAGCAACAAUUUUGUGUUUAGGUUACCUGCUGUGAGGCAAUAUUUUGUUUGAUUUGAUUUGUAAUGUUUAUCUUAAUUUUUGUAAUUAAAUACCUCUCCACUUUCUUUUAAAAUUCUCUCAAUUUGCAAAAUGAAUACUGAAGAUUUACGUGCUAGAAUAAAAGAGUUAGAAGAUGAACUGUCAAGAAGAGAUAGAAACGUUGUCCGGGAAAAAAUUUCUGAAAUGUCAGCAGAAGUUGUGGAUUCUAACCCUUACAGUCGUCUAAUGGCAUUGAAGCGGAUGGGAAUUGUCGACAAUUAUGAGAAAAUCCGUGAUUUUACAGUUGCCGUUGUAGGUGUGGGUGGUGUGGGGAGUGUAACUGCUGAAAUGCUGACAAGGUGUGGAAUUGGCAAGCUGAUUUUGUUCGACUACGACAAGGUUGAGAUGGCGAACAUGAAUCGUCUGUUCUUCCAGCCACACCAAGCCGGCCUGUCGAAGGUGGCCGCGGCUGCACUCACCUUGAACGGUAUCAAUCCCGAUGUUGUCAUUGCAGCGCACAACUACAACAUCACCACUGUUGACAACUUCGAUCAUUUCAUUCAACAGAUCAGGACUGGAAGUUUGACGAAUGGGCCAGUCGACCUUGUGCUGAGCUGUGUGGAUAAUUUCGAGGCCAGAAUGGCCAUAAAUAAGGCUUGCAAUGAACUUGGACAAACCUGGUUCGAAUCUGGCGUCUCAGAAAAUGCAGUCUCAGGACAUAUACAGUUGAUAAUUCCUGGAGUAUCGGCUUGUUUUGCGUGUGCUCCGCCACUUGUUGUUGCUUCCAACAUUGAUGAAAGAACUCUGAAAAAGGAGGGAGUUUGUGCAGCCAGCCUGCCCACAACCAUGGGAAUUGUGGCCGGCUUUCUAGUACAGAAUGCUCUCAAGAAGCUGCUGGAUUUCGGCGAGGUGUCAUGGUACCUGGGCUACAGUGCGCUGACUGACUUCUUCCCACGCAUGCAGUUAAAGCCAAACCCGGCCUGCGACGACUCGUUCUGUCGCCAGAUGCAGCGAGACCGACCUCCCCCCACCCCUGCUGCCAGCCCCACCACCCCCACCACCGACACCCCUGUCCUGCAUGCCGACAACCAAUGGGGCAUCUGUGUAGUGGAUGAGGAAAGUGGAGACGCGGCCGAAGGCCAAGUGGUUGGUGAGGGAGUGAGGACUGCCUACUCGAUGCCAGCUGGUGAGGGGGCGGGGGCGGGGGAGGAGGUGAGCGGCGAUGCCACUGUUCAAGACACAGACGACAGUGUUGAGCAACUCAUGAACGCACUCAAACAACUUUAAUCACACCAUCCCCAUCCAUAAAUAUGUGUCAUUUUCCAUCUUACUGAACGGCAUGCUGCUUCAUCCAUUCCCAAUACACAUUCAUUGGGUCAAUUGAAUAGAAACUAGUGACUAUAGUGAGGUCCACGUUAUAAUGACAGUGGAUAAAGAUAGAAGAAUAGCGAUGCCAAUUCUCUGCAUUAAUUAAUCAUAUUUCUUCACUCUCAAAAACAUAAUUGGCACCGUUGUGGACCUAGAAAACGAUAGUACCACCGGCUUUGUCGAAUGAUAGACAAGUAUAGCAAAACCAAAGUUGAUCAAAUACUGUCAUUAUAACGUGGACCUUACUAUAGCAACUAUUCAUUGGUUCCAUUGGUUCUAGCUAUACUAUACAGCUAUGAUUAUACAGCUGACUCUAAUCCGAUUUGCUGAUCCUAAUUCCAUUUGCUUGGAAAUUACUUAGAACUAGCUUUUAUUCAAUUGACCUAUUGUAUCAGCCAUUUUUCAUGUUACUGAAUGGGAUGCCUGCCAUUCUUAACCAUUCAAU